GUAAUAUCGUCCAAAAGUUGUACGUAUACAAAUUGCGGAUUCUGUAGAAUGCGUAAAUUUAUAGCAGAAUAUAAUAUGUUCCAUAAUUUAUAUAAUUAUAAGAUCACUGGUGAUUGCUUUUAGCCAUGCUCUACAUGAAAUUAACAUAGUAAUUGUAAUUAUUUUUCCAUUUGACUCAUCAUUAUGGCUAUACCUCAGACGAAAACAUGCGUUGUUCCUACCUCCAGAAAAGUGCACUGGCAGCAUGAAUCUAUUGGCAGGUCUUCAAUUUUACAUUUAACGUUGAAGCAGAUUCCAAAGAUUCGUAUACAAGAAAAAAUUCUAGGAAAUGCUGCUCGUUUAUUGGAAGCAAAACAAAGAGGAUUCGUUUGUUUUUUUACUGGAUGUGUGGAAUCAAAUAAUGGUUUUUUGAAUAGGCUGAUGGUUUCAUUAAAUCAUUUAUCAGAAGUACCUGUUCAGUCAAGCGAUGGAAAAAUUUGUGUUCCUGUUCUUCUUUGCUGGAAGGACAAAGAACCAAGUGAAUGGAAGAAAGAUGACUAUUUUAGCGAUGUAGAGGAAAUCUUCACAUUCUGUAGCACUGGAUACAAGAUUGACCAUAGCAAGCUUUUCAAGUUGCGGAUAAUCUGUUCAUUCUUUGGAAUUAGGUGUGACAUCCAGGUAGAAAUGUCUACACUGUCAACAGCUUUCAAACUUAUUCCUAUUAAACCAGUAUAUAUAAUUGAAUCAGAAUUGACUAGACAAGCUUCAUUAAUUCAUUCACCUGUUUAUACAACAGGGUUUGUGGCUAUGAAUGAUAAACAAAAUUUCCUUUUAAUUCCUCAAACUAAUUUUCCUGAUUCAGAUGUUCCUUUGGUUGGAAUAUGGGUUUCUGGAGUAGCAUCUGUGCAUCAUCCAUUUGUUUGGGCAGCCUGUUUAAAAUAUAUAUCUUGUAUGAAGUACAAAAAUCGGAUAUGCCUACCACCUCUGCCGUUUUUAAUGGUAUUUUAUAAUCAUCAGUCUGAACCAGAAUUUUAUGACUGUACGUGCACAUCUGGCAAUACCAUGUUGGGAUUUCAGCUACACAGAGGAUUCACUUCAUUGUCUGUAGCAAAGGUACCUGUACUAGAUACAAAAACUAUUACUGUUGGUCUGGAUAUGAUUCAGGAUUGCAUUAAUUUCAUUGAAGCUGUUAGUAAUAUUAAACAAUGCAAUAAUAUGCAUCCUUAUGGGAGUCUUAUCAUAACCAGUUCUGAUGAUAUACCUAAAGUGCCACAUCAGCCUGUAAAUCGAGAGGCAGUUGACUUUCUGGAAACUGAUAUUUCAUUAAUUUUUGAUCCUGAGAAUGUUUCUAACAGUAUUAUUAAAUACAAAAGUUUAACUGAAACAGAGCAACAAAAGGAAACAUUUGCAUCACCUAAAGGGGCAAGUCCCAAAAUUAUCAAAAAUCUUUGCUGUUGCCAUCCCGUAAUAAAUGAUGUAUCAUAUCAUGAUGUUCAGUUACAUAGAUAUUUUCCUGAAAUGCAUAUUGAGCCUCUAGGUGAAAGGCAAAAUUCAGCUGUUUCUCCUAUUCGACAUUUUAAAAAAGGACCUAAAACUGUAUCUGUGCCUAAUCGGAAAACUGGUACAGAAGUUGCGAAGCAUUUUAUUGAAGGUUUUGAAUCUCUGUCACAAAUGCAGAGCUCACAAAGUAGUUAUCAAUCUAAAGUAUUCUUUGUGAAUCAUGGGCAAAAUAUACAUACAAAAACUAUGCAUGGCAAAGAAAAUAAAUUUGGCAAGAAUGCAAAUUUUAAAGACAUAAAAAAUCCAUCUGAUUUUUGUUUCUGUGCUUGUAAGUUAGCUCAUCUGACAGAUGAAAUUUAUUUAAAUGAGGGAUGUGAAAUCAAUAAAUGUGCCUCAAACUCCACUAAUGCUAACUCUGAAGAAAAUGUAAACUGUCCGUUUGUUCGCAAUUCUAAUGUAUUUCCCUCUGAAGACCUUGUUAAGCUUUCAGAAAAUGUGACUUGUUCAGAUUUAUCUGAGACAGGAAUAAAAGCUCAAUCUUUACAAGAUUCUUAUCCAUCUAUUAGUCCAAAAGCAAAAGUAAAGCAGAAAUCUAGGAAAGUGAAUGUCUCUAAUGGAAGUAUGGUUAAAACGCGUUCUCCUUCAAAAAAACAUAUCAGAUCUACUAACCAUUCUCAGAAACAGCCUUCAAAAAGAAAAUUAAUUUCUCCUAGCUGUCAGAAGAAUGUAAGUUCUUCCAACACUAAAAUUUAUUCACACUGCAUAGGGAAUACAGCUGAAUCCGCAUGUGCUCCAUUUGCUGAUAUUUGUGAAUAUCUUAAGAAACAAGAUGAGAAACUGCAUUUAAUACAAGAGAAAAUGUCUCUACUUCUUCAAGAACAAACUCAGACUAAACAAAAAUGCGAAAAAGAUCAUGUGUCCAAGAUUAUUGGAGCAAAAGGUAAGCUUCCAGAAUGUAAAAACGCAAAAGACAUUGAAACAAAUUCAUAUUUUCUGCAGUAUAUAAAAGAACAAAAUAAUAAAAUUGAAAGUCUUCAAAAUCAAAUUAAUUUGCUUCUAAGACAGAAAUCUGAAAAUCAGGAAACUGGUAGUCAGAAUGACGCAUCUUCAAAAGAUUCAGUUGUAAAAAUUGUGAGUGAAAGUGCACAGGUUUUAUCUAGUGAAACUAUUAAUACCAAACCAAAGCAAGUUCAAACUAAAAAAACUCUUGAAGAUUCUGAAGCUGAUGAUGCUUUUGUUCAGAAAACAACUGAAAAUAAAGCAUCAUGUAGUAUAAGUACAAUGACUAGUUUUACAUUUAAUAAUGAUUUUAGACACAUGGACAGUAAAAAAUGUUUUGCUGUUAUGACUGAUUUUGUGCAAUAUCAGAAAGCUGCUUCAGUAAAAAAUGUGCAAUGUGCAGAAAUGCAUGAAGAAUCUGCUGCUGUAAAAAAGGCAGUGGGAAUAGGCAUACAUUCACAGGAUGUUAUUUCUCCUUGUAAUGAGUUAAAUAAUUUGCCACUUUGCAAAAAUAUUCAAACAAAAAGCUCUUCUUAUUCCAAUUUAAGAAAAUCUGAUCACAUUGAUUCUCAAGAAUCUCCUGGGUCUAAUAUCAGUGAGCAAGAAGAUGGCAACCAGUUAUGUGAAUUCCAUCCAAUGGAAAAAAAAAAGAAAAAAAAGUAUAGGAACAAAGUCUUGAAGCCAUUUGCACUAUAUGAACAUAUUUUGAAAAAUGUGAAUGAUCUACUUUUGGAUGAAGAUGAAGGUAAUUCAAGGCUUUCUCUUCCAUCUCAGUCUAGUAUGGCUGGUAAUGCGCCAUUUCGGAGGUUCUCAGAAACGGGAUUAAAUCCACCCUUCAUAUCGAAUGGACAUAAUUCCGAAGCGGAACAUGUAAAAAAAAUGAGUAAAAAUUCUCAUGUGUGGAAGCUUCCAUCUACUUCUGGUACCUCAACUUCACAUGCUGUAAAAUCAUCUCAAAAGAAACAGAAAGCUUACAGUAGUAAAUCAGAGAGUCAGGAAGGCAAAGAUUUGUAUUUUGAAUCAUCAACUAUUACUAUGUAUGGCUUGUCAUCUCCAAAUUUGUCUUUUGCAACCAAAGAGUAUCUUGAAAGUUACGGACUGGUUUUGAAGAAGUUCGCUUGUCAAGAAACUUCAAGUGACAAAAUGUUUAAUAAGAAAUAAACUUAUUAACUAAAUUCGUAUUUAGUUUUGUUUCAAAUAUUUAAAAUGUUGUAUAAAAUAAAAAGCUGUGUAGGAAAAAAUAUAUGUUUUAAUUGUAA